AUGAUGAAUUACAAAUGUACUGGUGUUCGAUAUCGACUAAGUUCAAGAAUAAAUAAUGAAUAUAAUCAAUCAGCUAUAAUAGAUAACUGCGGUACAAGGAUUCCAUUAUGUAUUGAAAAAUCUUUUUAUCAAUGUAAAAAUGAUGUUGGUCCAGAUUAUUCUAUAGAAGUAUGUGGUAAUGGUUCAGUUCCAAUAAAAUUCUCAAGUUGUUUUGUAACAAAUAUGAAUAUAAAUAAUUCUAUAAAAUCAACAUGUGAUACUAAAAUCAAUUUGCCAUGUUCGAAAUCUAUGGGUCCAUAUCGAAAUCAGUUUGUAGGUAAAUUUCUUAGAGGAUUAUCAAAAAUCUUUGACAAUAAACGUAAAUAUAUUGAUUAUAUUGUUACAAAUGUUCUUCGACAAGUUGUUAAUCAUAUAUCACUUGAUUCUUUAAAUCAACUAUCUUGCUCUUUACCACAAAAUAUUGAACGAAUUCUUUGUCAUACUGAUAUUGAUUCGGAUCGUUUAAUACGAAUUCUUGUUACUGAAGUUCUUAAAUGUUAUUGUACGAAUGUUGGACAUCUUACCGAUUGGUACGCAUUUGCUAAUUCAAUUAAGCCCUUUCUUUCAUCAACAAAUGUACUACAACAUGAUGAUGAUGAUGAUAAUCAAAAAACCAAUAACAAUAAAAACCAAACAUCAUUAAAAUUAACAUCACCAAUUGUUAAAAAAGAAAAACUGGCGGAAAAUAGUGUCUUUAGAGAAAUAGUAACACCAGCAAAAGAUGAUAAAAUUCCAUUUAUUAAUCGAAUAUCUUCAACUGAAACAAUAUCUCAUACGAAUAGUAUGACUCCCAUGAGUAUACAAUCAAAAGAAACAUUUAUAUCGCUUGGUGCUAAAUAUCAACAAUCAAAAACAAAGCAAAUACAUCAAAUAGUGUCUUUCAUGUCAACCUAA